AUGGUUCAAGUUAAAGUCAGAGAAGGUUGGUUGGAGGGAGAAGUAACCGAGAAUGUAUUGGGAGGAAGUUUUUACAGUUUCAGAGGCAUCCCUUACGCUGAACCCCCUGUUGGUGACCUCAGAUUCAAGCCACCGCAACAAAAACAGCCCUGGGAUGGAAUCAGGGAAGCAAAGGAGUUCGGCCCCAUUUGCUAUCAGUUCGAUUUGCACAACAUUGGAUCCACACCGACCGGUUCUGAGGACUGUCUGUAUUUAAACGUGUAUACGCCCGAAGUUGACCCUAAAGAGCUUCUUCCCGUAAUGUUUUACAUUCAUGGAGGAGGUCUGGCCAUUGGAAGUGGUAAUGACAACAUGUACGGUCCUGAAUUUUUAGUCACACAUGGAGUGGUUCUCGUGACCUUCAAUUACAGAUUGGAAGUUCUAGGCUUCCUCUGUUUAGACACCGAGGACGUGCCCGGUAAUGCUGGCAUGAAGGACCAGGUAGCAGCUCUUAGGUGGGUCAACGAAAACAUCACUAGCUUUGGCGGCGACCCCAAAAAUAUCACAAUCAUCGGACACAGCGCCGGUGGCGUCAGCGUGAGUUACCACCUAAUUUCGCCAAUGACGAAGGGUUUGUUCAAAAGAGCUAUAGUCAAAAGUGGUUCCCUCACUUGUCCAUGGGGUAAAAUAUUCCAGCCGCGUGAGAGAGCGUAUGCGUUAGCUAGAAAAUUAGGAUUUCACUCCACAGAUGAUAAAGAGCUGUACGAGUUUUUCAAGACCCAGCCGAAGGAAUCACUUAUCACUAUACAAGUGCCAAUAACGUUAAAUGAAAAGGCGAAGGAACUCCUCGAUGUGAAUUUCGGGGUGGUGGACGAAAAGAAGUUUGGCAACAAUGAAAGAUUCAUAUAUGGAGAUGUGACUGAUAGACUGCGCAAUAACAUGCAUGAGGGUAUUGACCUCUUAAUGGGAUAUGCCGAAGAUGAAGGACUCAUCAAUUUGAGAGUUGGAAUACCAUUAGAGAAGCUUUGUUUCAACGCUAAUGAGUUCCGUGAGUUUUUCGUUCCAAAUCCAAUAGCCUAUAAUUGCCCAUUGAAUGUUCAAUUUGAAGUUGGUAGAAGAAUAAAACAAUUUUACUUCAACGAAGAAUUAGUAACAAUGGACAAUUUAAGUGAAAUGAUCAAGUUCUUCUCCCUGAACAUGUUUGUCUAUCCUAUGUUCCAAUUAGCAAGGAGUUUAUCGAAGAAAAACAAUGUCUAUUUCUACAAAUUUACCGGCAAAACUGAAAGAAACUUUAUGGUCCAUGUUUUAAGACUGGAGGAGGUUUUAGGGGAUAGAAUUCCAGUUUGCCAUGCCGAUGAAGUUAAUUAUCUUUUUCCAAUGAAAAAGUUCAAUCUUAAACUCGAUAUAAAUGCUAAAAGCUAUAAAAUAAUUCAAAAUAUGACAAAGCUUUGGACUAAUUUCGCUAAACAUGGGAAUCCAACGCCAGAUGACAGUAUGGGCAUUAAGUGGAUCCCAUACAAUUCGAAUGAGCAGCAUUAUUUGGAAAUAAGCGAGAACUUGAUCGUGGGCACCGAGCCCGAUAAAAAAGAGGUUGACUUCUGGGAAAACAUAUUCAGGGAAUUUUUACCGAAUUCUGUUCCAUAU